ACUGUCACAUGCAUCGCAGACACCCCUACAAUCAUUCUUUCCUACAUAUAUUCAUUCAUUAAUUGAGUGUCACCAACCUCUACCUCCACCUCCACCUCCUUUGCUCCAUGGCUAGCUUGAGCUUCAUCAUUGGCAUCAUAGGAAAUGUGAUUUCUAUACUGGUUUUUACCUCCCCCAUAGGGACUUUUCGUAGAGUAGUGAAGAAGAAAUCAACAGAGAAUUACAAAGGAAUUCCAUACAUAACUACCCUGUUAAGCACAAGUUUGUGGUCUUUCUAUGGAAUUCUCAAGCCUGGCGGCUUACUCGUCCUUACUGUGAAUGGUGCUGGUGCCAUUCUGCAGUUCAUCUAUGUCACUCUGUUUCUGAUCUAUGCUCCCAGGGAUGUAAAGAUCAAGUCCAUGAAAGUGGCAGCCAUAUUGGAUGUUGGCUUUCUUGGAGCAGUGAUUGCACUAACUCUCCUAGCCUUCCAUGGAAGUUCUCAGCUUAUCUGUGUGGGAAUUUUUUGUGCAGGAUUGACUAUAGUCAUGUAUGCAUCUCCUCUUUCAGCCAUGAGGAUGGUGAUAAAGACGAAGUCUGUGGAGUUCAUGCCGUUUUUUCUCUCAUUUUUCCUAUUCCUCAAUGGAGGUGUUUGGUCUGUUUAUGCAGUGCUUGUCACGGAUUUCUUUAUUGGAGUUCCAAAUGCCGUAGGAUUUGUGUUGGGGUCAGCCCAGCUGAUCCUCUACGCAGUUUACAGAAACAAGUCAAGGCCUUCAGCAACAUCAGAGGAGAGAGUGGAGGAGGAAGGCUCGGCCCACAUGGUGAAAAGAGCGGUUGAGAUGCAAGUCUCUAAGGAUGAUGGCAAGGCCAGUCCAAAAAAUCAUAGCCUCAGCAAGGGAAGAAGCCUCCCCAUGCCCUUCAUAUCUCGACAAUACAGCUUACAGAAGAUCAUGAGAACUCUUUCCUGGAGUCCAUGUGAGCCGCAGGAUCGGCAGCAAGAUAAGGACAUUGAGAAGGGUGACAUAUGAUCACAACCUUCAUUAGAACAUCAAGAAUUAAUGCAGCACAGAAUCAGUCUCCUGUGCAGUUCUUGUAAUAUGAAGCUAUAGUUACCGGGAAAAUCGAAUCCUUUAAAAUGACAGCAUAAAACAUAACAGUACCCUUUUGUAAAGAAGGGCAUGUGAGUUGUAUACUUAGAAGUUGGCAGUACUCAUUUGCAGUUCAUAGCCACUUCCUCUUAAGUGAGAUUAAUAGAUUGAAAACUCUCUCUAAGAUUCUUCUUCAAACUCAAAUUUGAUCAUUGAGACAUACAGAGUGUUAUAUAACUCAUCAUUUGUUGGAGAAGAGUCUGAAAAUUUGAUCAUUUUUUAUGAAGAAAAAGACUUCCCAAACUUCAUUGGAAAGAGGUAUGAAGAUUUGAAAUUAAUUUAGCCUAGCCAAGGACAAAAGACAGUCUGGAAAUGAUAAAUGCAGGGAAAGGCAGAUCAUCGUGUUAGAAAAAGAGACGGUACACGUAUCAUUCUGUUUUUCCUUCUUCACAUGCAUCAGCACACACUUCUUCUUCUUAUACCAUUUCAACUGCAAUUCAAUCUCAGCUGCUUCCAUGGCUAAUCCAAGCUUCAUUGUUGGUAUUAUAGGUUUGCUUCUUUCUUGAUUUUUUUUUUCUCCCUUUUCUCGAUAUAUGCUUCUUGGGGUUUUGUUUUUAUGCUGAUUUUCUUUUUCCCUGUUUGCUUUGCAGGAAAUAUGGCCUCUCUACUAGUUUAUCUUGCUCCCAUGUAAGAUAAACUAUACUAUAGCUGUACCUCUUGCCUAGAAUUAUAUAAGCUGUUUGUGCUUCAUACUAAAAUUAUAUAUCACUGAUCUGAAAUGUUAAAAAUUGUUCUGGGCAUAUUGAUUUGAAUUAUUGACAAUUCUGAUUUCUUUUGGGAAUGUUGUUGAGUACUAUUUCAGGUGCCAAAUGCUAUAGGAUUCAUACUGGGGUCAGCCCAGCUGAUCCUUAACACGAUCUACAGAAAAAAGUCAGUGCCAGCAAAAUCAGAAGAAAAAAAAAAGAAUGAAGAUGACUCAGCCCAACUGGUGAAAAGGGAGGUUGAGAUGGGAGUCUAUGAUGAUGGUGGCAAGGCAAGAGUGAAGAAUCACAGAUUCAUCAAGGGAAGAAGCCUCCCCAAUCCCUCCAUAGCUAGACAAUACAGCUUAUAGAAGAUCAUGAAAACACUAUCUUUGGGCUCAUAUGAACUCCAGUCAAGUUGGCAACAAGAGAAGGAUGCUGAGAAUGAAGACUAUGAACACAUAACCCUUCACUAGAACAUAGGAAGUGUUGCCAAAAUUCACUCUAGUGUAUGGUGUCAAUGCUUCUAUAUUAAUUUGAAGAUAUAAAUUUUACCA